AAUCGGACGGUCGAAAACUAUCGUAGACCUAUUUAUAUUCCUCCUAAAACCCUAAUCAGUUCCCCUCUCCGCCUCUCGCAGUCGCCCCGCUCUUUAGCCUUCAGAAGGGAUUACAGCUUUCGCGAGUUCUGCAAAAGAACAGAGUCCCUAUAAAAAUGGUUCUUCAAAACGAUAUUGAUUUGCUUAACCCACCAGCGGAGCUUGAGAAGAAGAAGCACAAGCUCAAGCGACUUGUGCAGUCCCCUAACUCAUUUUUUAUGGAUGUGAAGUGCCAGGGUUGCUUCAAUAUAACCACGGUGUUCAGCCACUCCCAAACUGUGGUGGUGUGUGGGAAUUGCCAGACAGUGUUGUGCCAACCUACUGGUGGCCGUGCUAGGCUUACAGAAGGGUGUUCUUUCAGGAGAAAGGGAGAUUGAUCUGUUAUUGGUAAAUGCUACUUGAAUUGAUGAUGCUAUGAGCAAAGAAAGGGAGCGCGUGUAAUUUUUGUUUUCUUUUAAUGUGUAACUUUGUUAGGAUUGAUUUAUGAGACCUACAUUAUUAUAUUAGUGUUUCUGUUUUGUUAUCGUUUGGUUUGAUACCAUUUGUACUUUUCCCCGGUAUCAUUAAUUCAGAAUAUGAGCACUUGAAUCAUUAUUUGUCUAAAGCUUUCAAUUUUAUCCAGUUUCAUAUUUUUGCC